CCAGGCCGAGCCCGCCGCCAUGGCGCUGCCGGUGCCCGAGCCGCCGUGGCCGCAGAGCCUGUCCCGGAUGAAGGAGGUGGACGACCUGCUGCGCUGUGGGAUAUGCUUCGACUACUUCAGCAUCGCGGUGAUCGUGCCGCAGUGCUCGCACAACUAUUGCUCCCUCUGCAUUCGCAAGUUCCUGUCCUACAAAGCCCAGUGCCCAACCUGCUCUGUGGCAGCCUCAGAGUCUGACCUGAGGAGCAACCGAGCCCUGGACGAGCUGGUGAAGAGCUUUCUCUCUGCCAGCCACCAGCAGCUCCCUUCUGCCUUGCCUCCAGUGGAGUGUCCUGUCUGUGGGGUGCCUGUGCCUGAGCAGUACAUCAACAAGCACCUGGACAGCUGCCUGAGCAGGGAGGAGAAGAAGGACAGCCUCAGGAGCUCUGCUCGCGGCAGGAAGCCCUUGUGCAAGGUGGUCUACAGCCUGCUGUCUGAGAGGGAGCUGAGGAGGAAGCUGAGGGAGCUGGGGCUGUCCGCCCGCGGCAGCAGGCAGCAGCUGGUCCGGCGGCACCGGGAGUUCACUCACCUCUACAACGCCCAGGGUGACGCCCUGCACCCCAGGCCCGUGCCCGGGGGCCGUGCGGUGCCCGGGGGCCCUGCGGUGCCCGGGGGCCGUGCGGUGCCCGGGGGCCCUGCGGUGCCCGGGGGCCCUGCGGUGCCCGGGGGCCGUGCGGUGCCAGCAGCCCGGGGGCCGUGCGGUGCCCGGGGGCCCUGCGGUGCCGGCAGCCCGGGGGCCGUGCGGUGCCCGGGGGCCCUGCGGUGCAGCCCUGCCGACGCUCUCUGCCCUUCCCCCGCAGCCGCAGAGCUCAUCCGGGAGCUGGAGCGCACCGAGGAGCUCCGAGCGCGGCUGGAGCCGGGCAGGCCUGGUGCCAAGAGCCUGACCUUCAGCAAGGGCCAGACAGAGCAGGAGAUAGAUGAGAUCCACUCUGAGUACCCCUGA